CCUUGUCGCGUCCGAGGCCCGAGGCCCGGUUUGGGGUCCUGGGUCCUGGGUGGGAGGCCGCCGCCCUCCCAGGGGCGGAGUGGAGUCCAGGGAAGGAGUGAGGGAGGUUCCUCCCCCCGCCCCCGGCGACUGAGUAAGAAAUUGCCUAAUUAUGGCACCUUCAGGAAGAAAACAUGCUGGGAAAUCUGGGAAACCAGCAAUGGAAGCUCAAGUGAGCCGAGCUUAUGACUUUGACAAAGAGGACAAGAAAGAUCUGAGUGGUUCUGAGGAAGAUGCCAGGGAAGGAGAGACUACAGUAAUUGAAAAGCAUGGGAAAAAAAGACCUUCUACUGGCAUUACUCAUGGAACAGUUGAAGAAGAUAUGGGGGGUGAAGUACAGAACAUGUUGGAAAGAUUUGGAGCCGAUAUUAACAAGGCUCUCCUUGCAAAGAGGAAAAGAUUGGAAAUGUAUACUAAGGCUUCUCUUAAAACUAGCAAUCAGAAAAUUGAGCAUGUUUGGAAAACACAACAAGAACAGAGGCAAAAACUCAACCAUGAAUAUUCUCAGCAGUUCCUGACAUUAUUUCAGCAGUGGGAUGUGGAUGUUCAGAAAGCUGAGGAACAGGAAGAAAAACUAGCUAAUAUGUUUCGACAACAGCAAAAGGUUUUCCAACAAGCCAGAAUAGUUCAGAGCCAGAGACUGAAAACAAUUAAACAACUAUAUGAACAGUUCCUAAAGAGUAUGGAAGACUUGGAGAAGAAUCAUGAAAACCUUCUUACAGGUGCACAAAAUGAACUUAGAAAAGAAAUGGCCAUGUUACAAAAGAAAAUUAUGAUGGACACUGUAAGUAAUAAUAAUAAUAUGGUAUAUUUUUAACUGA